UUUUUCACAAAGCAAAUGUGGUACAUCUAAUGUUCGUUCAGGUCCUCCAGUUCACUGGACUCUCAAUAAAUAACUAAUAUUUUUCUGAGGCUAAAGUGCAUCCUACCUCGUCUCGUUUCACUUAAUUUCAUCACAAUUUAUUAAUGUCUCAGAUUAAUCAACUUCAUUUCAUUUUGUUUUAUAUUUUUUUCAUAAAACUGAGUAAAGUGUAAAUAAUAUGUAAAUUGGCUGUAUGGUAUGAAACUUAUACCUUUCUAGUUAGAAAAAUGGGACUACUACUUUUGGCGGGAAACUUGACAGUGUGAUGAUGACAUUUUAAUAAUGACAUUAAUUUGCUUAAUAUUUAAGAAGUAUAAAGUUUGAAACAAUAAAUCCUAUGGAAUUCGUCGUGUGUAUAUUACAUAGAUUGGUUGAAGUGUUUAAACAAUUUGUAUUUUGAAUUCUUUCAACUGACAUCCGUUGUGCAUAGUUUUCAUGUUAAUUUUUAUACCUAACCACUGGAAUGAUAAAAACUGAAAAAAAGACUCGACUUAAAUUAAGAUACACUAUUUGAACCAUAAUUAAAGAAACUCAAAUAAAAUGCCUGAUAUAAUGAUAUCCGGUAUUCCCGUAAGUUUUCCCUUCGACCCUUACGAUGUGCAGAAAGAAUACAUGUGCCGCGUAAUUGAAAGCCUUCAGAAUAACACUAACGCAAUAUUGGAGUCUCCUACCGGAACUGGAAAGACCCUUAGUCUAUUGUGUUCAUCAUUAGCAUGGCUACUAGUGAAAAAGGCUCAACUGCAAAUGAACGCGCAGGUCGGUAAUUUUUCAGAUCACAGCGGUUUCACUGGCAAGUUAAUAGAUAACUUAAAAUCUGGCACUGGAAAAUCCAAGGAUGCGUCUUGGGGUAUGCCUAAAAUCAUAUAUUCUUCCAGAACACAUUCACAAUUAACACAGGCUAUGCAGGAAUUGAAGAGGUCAAGUUACAAGCAUGUCAAAGCUGCGGUCUUGGGCUCCCGAGAUCAGAUGUGCAUUCAUCCCGAAGUUUCGAAAGAACCAAACAACAACAAUAAAGUAAAUAUGUGCCAACUAAAAGUGAAAUCUAGAACUUGCUUCUUUUAUAACAAUGUUGAAUCUAAGAAGGAUGACAGAGCAGUGAGAGGUGAUGAUAUUUUAGAUAUAGAAGAUUUAGUAGGUGUAGGAAAGAAAUUAAAAUGCUGUCCAUAUUAUUUAUCGAAGGAGCUAAAACAAGAUGCUGAUAUAAUAUUUAUGCCAUAUAAUUAUUUAUUGGAUCCGAAAUCAAGAAAGGCAAAUGGAGUGGAACUCAUGAAUAACAUUGUUAUUUUGGAUGAGGCUCAUAAUGUUGAAAAAAUGUGUGAAGAAUCUGCAUCUCUUCAGAUAAGGACCACAGAUAUAGCUCUGUGUAUUGAUGAAAUAACACAUGUCAUGAAGAGCUUUAGUGAGACUAGUGAGGAGCAGAUAGAUGCGACAGUUGAUAGUAGCCAACCUAAGGAUUUUACUUGUGAUGAUUUAUGUAUACUGAAAGAAAUGAUGCUGGCCUUUGAAAAGGCUGUAGAUGAUAUAGAAGUUGGGAGAGAGGGUAGUACAUAUCCAGGUGGUUUUAUAUUUGAUUUGCUGUCCAAGGCUGAAAUCAGAGAUCAUAACCAAAUGGCCGUGAUAACCAUGAUUGAGAAUCUCAUUCAAUAUCUAGCAACAGCAAGUUCAUCACCCUUUCAACGCAAAGGUGUUGGGUUGCAGAAAAUUGUAGAUCUUUUAAAUGUUGUGUUUAGUGGCACUAGUCAUUCACACAAAGAAAGGGUUAAGCUAUGUUACAAAGUACAUGUACAAGUUGAGGAUAAAAAAAGCAAUAAGAAAACAGAAGGUUGGGGUGCACUGAAGCCGAACAGUUCUAAAUCUACAGAGAGGAUACUAAGUUACUGGUGCUUCAGCCCUGGUUUUGGCAUGAAGCAAUUACUUGAACAGAAUGUUAGAAGCAUAAUAUUGACAAGUGGUACUUUAGCACCUUUAAAACCCCUCAUAUCUGAACUGGGUAUUCCAAUAGGUGUACAGUUAGAAAAUCCACAUAUUGUUAAAUCAAAUCAAAUAUGUGUAAAAAUUAUUGGACAAGGGCCAGAUGGGGUCCAACUAAAUUCUAAUUAUCAGAACAGAGACAAUCCUAAGUAUAUAACCUCUUUGGGAAGAACAAUAUUAAGUUUUAGCAGAGUUGUACCAGAUGGACUUUUAGUAUUCUUCCCUUCAUACCCAAUCAUGAAUAAAUGCCAAGAAAUGUGGCAGUCUGAAGGAAUUUGGACUAAUAUUAACAGCAUCAAACCAAUAUUUGUGGAACCGCAAAGGAAAGAUACAUUCAAUGCUAUCAUUAAAGAUUACUACAGCAAAAUAAGUGAUCCAAGUACACGGGGUGCAUGUUUUAUGGCAGUUUGUAGAGGUAAAGUGUCAGAAGGGUUGGAUUUUGCUGAUAUGAAUGGAAGAGCUGUGAUAAUAACUGGGUUACCAUUUCCUCCUCUUAAGGAUCCAAGAAUUGUAUUGAAGAAGAAAUAUUUAGACGAAUUGAGAAUGAAAGAAAAGGACUUUUUGUCAGGAGACGAAUGGUACUCUUUAGAAGCAACUAGAGCCGUCAAUCAGGCUAUUGGCAGAGUUAUAAGGCAUCAGAAUGAUUAUGGUGCUAUUCUUCUGUGUGAUAGCCGAUUCAACAGUCCAAAAUUAAAAGGUCAGUUGUCAGCUUGGCUACGUAAUUACAUAAAUGUGUCCAAUAAAUUUGGUGAGACUGUCAGUGAAAUAUGCCGCUUCUAUAAGAAUGCUGAAAUGGCAUUGCCUGCUCCAAAACUAAAGCCGUUGAUGUCAAAUGAAUCAAACAGACAACAAUCUGUCAAUGUUGGUGGAGUAUCAUUUCCAAUUACAGUUGCUAGGACUGUUAAAUCUACUAAAAAGAAUGUAAGUCAAUAUCCAAAUUCUAAUGAAGUGUAUGCAGAUUUUUCAAUGGAUUUCUACAAAAAUUCUCAUUCUUCAGCUUAUGUAAAUGAAUUUCGACCAAAACAAACAAAAGAUUUAUUUAGUGCUCUAGAUACAAGUGUUGAAGCAAAUGAAUCUUCAACUCAGAGUUUAGUGGCAAUAAACAAAAGAACUGCUGAAGACAAUUUAUUAGCAAAUGUAUCUAAAAAGAAAAAAUACAAAAUUAAACCCUUUGGUUUUGAUGAAAAUUUGAAAAGUGAACCUAGUAACAUAGUAGAGAAAACUGCACCUACAUCACUAGUAGAUUUUGUUAAAGAAAUAAAGGUUUUAUUACAACCAGAACAAUAUAAAUUAUUUCAAGGUUCAAUAUCAGCUUAUAAAAGAGAAGGGGAUUUUUCAGCAUUUGUGACCACCCUAGGUAAUCUAUUUGAAAACAGAAAUAUGUUUUAUUUAUUGAAGGGCAUGAAAAGAUUUCUUAAAGAAGAACAUAAAAAUAAUUUUCAAGCAUAUUGUGAUAAAGUUAAAUUUGACACAUGACAUUUAGG